AGCAUCAUUUGUUUCUCUGGUUUUGACGUAAGUGUGUGUGUAUUACUUCCGGGACGUGAUGAUGCUUGAUAUCCACAGGUUCCAAGCUUGUUGCGAAGGAACUUUUGGUGAACGAUUAUCUGCAGAUAUCUAUUUGAAUCAGUACAAUUAAAGGAAGGUUUGAAUUAUAUAUUUCAGAACAAUCGCCUCCAAACAUGGAGACCCUUAUGUUAGGUAGGCAACAGACAAGUUAGCGUUAUGCAGCUGAUGCAAAGGAGUGGAUCAGUUGCUAGCUAGCUAUGCAUUUCUUGUAUCUAAGCAGGACACCGUUAUUCAAGAUAAAGAUAAAGUGAACACCCACAACGGACGUGGCUUAAUUUUUUCAAUGAAUUUUCUUGGCUCCCAUAGCGAAUGGAAGUACAAGUCGUUUUGUGGAUUAAAUGGUGAAGCAGUCAACGGCUGUCGUUUUCUCUUGAACGUAGCUGAAGAAGUUAACGUAGCUAAGUUAGCCAUCCCCAACUAGCCAACAUUUACUGGCUGUAAAAUCAUACUGCGUGGCAGUAGGAGACGCUAACGUGGCUAAUAUAAAACCCGAACGGUUAAUGUAGAUUGGCAUGGUGUAGUUGUUCUAUCACCCUACUGUUCCUGUGACAUGUCUUCACCGUCACCGGUUCAAAUUAGGGAAGCAAAUGCACAUUUAGCCGCAUUGCAUCGGCGGGUUGCUGACCUGGAGCAGAGGCUCGAAGCAGCAGAGAACACAGUGCGUGAGCAGGCUGAAAGCCUCAUUCGAAAAGAUGAACAGCUCAGGGCUGCUACUCAAGAGAUAACCGAGGCCAAAGACAGAGAGAUAUCCUACCUCCACGAAAAACUCUGCCAUUCUGAAGAAACUAUCCAGAAGUUCCAGCAUACAGUGAAGGAAAAGGAUGCUCUCAUUGGGCAGCUACAGCAUAGGUGCCAGCUCUUGGACAACAUCUGCAAAAGUCGCCCACUGCUGGACAAGAUGCUGUCACACAUGGCAGAAGCUGAGAGAAUGGGACCUGUUGUUGACUUGGGUGAGGCUGCCGUCAACUCCUCUCUCACAGAUGGAGAGUCCAGCUGCAGUCCCAACCGCGUAUCCAAUCACAAGGAUUUCUCCCUUAGCGAGGACGACAUGGAUGACCAAGAGCUAGAUGGAGUGGUAUUUGGAACCACUGUUUGAGAGAAAUACAUUCCUUGACUUUAACAUUAUUCAUGGCAUGCUGAACCUGAAGACCUUUCCAUGACUUGUGUCUCAAGAGUAAUGGGCCAGAGGGCACAGCAGGUUUUAUUAUGGUCAGAGAUAUUGUUAUGGUCUUUGCUGAGUAUGGAUUGUUACUGAAGCUUGUAUAUUGAGGUCUGUUGGCUUUGAAUACAUGUUUCAAACGAAGAUAAGAAUAUAGAUAGACAAAUGGUCCUUUGGUGAAAGGAUGGAGCUACAGAUAAGAAAUCAACUUAGUAAAUUAAUUCUGAUUAUAAUAUAUGUAACUUAAUUUAAUAUGAUUUGUUUAGUAAAUUGUUUCAAAUUGGACACAGUAACAUUAAAGAUACUACAAGCUGUUGCCAUUCCUUGAGAACUUCUGCCAGCUUGACCAUAGGGAACAAAGGGUAGGAAGGGGUGGCAGUCCAUUUAGAAGUUCCCUGAUUGGUUAAUACAUUUGGACCACGCUGAUGUUUUAGUUGCUAAUUAAAUCGCUCAAGUCAAUAUCAGAAAUUAUUUUGUUUUCUCAUAGAAUCUAUUUUUAUGUUCACCAUCAGAAUGCAAAGUUAACAAGCUUUGUAUUCCAAAACAGUUUCACCUGUAACAGCUUUAAAUGGAUGCAUUCUGUCCAAUUCUGUCCAUUGUCCUCUCAAAUUGGAACCAUUAGUUGAUUUUGAACUACUGUGUAGCUGAAUUAUAGCAUGAUGGUUUAAAACUCUUCAGUUGAAAAAAACAUGAAGGGGAAUUGUAGAUUUUGGUGUGAAAUUGAAACAUGGGGUAGCCACCUAGGAUAAUCUUAGAAGUUAUACUGUAUGUUGUAAACUGCGCUGAAGCCUGUCAUCUGCAGUGUUUAAACUUAAGAACACAAUUUCAGAUUGCCUUGACUGACCCUCACAUGUCUAAUAUCCCCCAUCCAAUUCUUUGCCUCCACAAUACAAAACACUGUCUGCACAUCUUGAAGUUACUUUUUCAAUUUACAGUUUACUGCUCUGCCGUUACUUGUAAUCGAUCCCAUUAAUGUGCAGAGAUGGGAUAUAGGUCACUGUUUGAACUCCUGCAUGUGGUCUUGCCCUUUAUUAAGAACGCUUCAGUGAAGCAAGGUCUAUGCAAAUUUUAUUUUUGCUUUUUAUCUAUUACAUAUGAUGCUGCGCAUGAAAGGGGCAGCAUUAUUAAAACAGCAGUGGUACCUAGAAAAGGGUCAUCAGCUAUUUUUGCAUCUAUUUUUUUCAGAUGGCUGUGUGUAGUGUUCUGCUUGCAGAAGUAACUAUUCAAGUUAUUUCAAAUGUAACGUCUGGUAAUCUCCUGGUAAAGACUUUGUAGCCACACGGUCUGUUCUGUAAAAGGAGGUUUGUGGGCAAUUUGUGGAAAUGUUCCAUACCAUAAGCCAUUCAGGUGUAGAAUAAAAUGAUUUUCUGGAUUGUUCUGUUGUUGAUUGAUCUGUGUUUACAUGAAUAAAAACUUUCACAUUA